GAGAAGCUGCCAGCUGAUCCAGACCAAUGUAGGUCAACAUACAUGAGGGGAGAUUUUUCAUUUUCUGUCAUAUCUUGUUGAUUUUUUGACUUAGCAUGGUUAUAUUGAAAGGUUGCAGCUACUUAUGGUUAAAAAACAACAUGUGAAUAUCUAACAUCAAAUGCGCAUGCGCAAUUUUGGCAAUUAAGAGCCACGGAAUUACGAGAACACAGCAUAAAGAGCGUCAUCAGCCACCGGCAGUGCUCAACCUGUAACUGGUGGAGACGUCACCGACCCGGCCAGCCACUACAGCAACAUCACUGUGUACGGAACCACUCCGGUAGUGCCCGUUCUAUGGAGAGUGAAAGUGGAGAGAAAGCUAUACUGGAUCUAGCUAAAGCAGGUACCCAGGUGGAAAUCCUUGGAGGUGAUGGUGACAACACUUUAUUGGCCAGACUGAAAAGCAAGCAUGGAAUCAGUCUGAAAAAGAAAUAUGACAAAAACCAUGUGAUCAAAAACGUAGGCAAAAGCUUGUAUGGUUUACAAAAUGAGAAGGGAAUCAAAAUAAGCAAGAUAUCAAUAAGUCAUAUCCAAAAGUGUGUCUCAUAUGCCCUUUCAAAGAAUAGCGGGGACUUACAUGGAUUACAAGAGAAUCUGAGAGCAAUUAUUCCUCAUAACUUCGGUGAUCAUCAGUUAUGUCAGUCAUGGUUUUGUGGUUAUCUAAGGAAUAAAGAUGUAUCCUAUGAUCACCGUUCACUACCCUACAAAUCUAGUUUGACUGGUGAGACAUUGAGGAAACGGCUAGAGGGCAUUAUGACACCUUUCAUUGCCAAAGCGAGCCAGCUCAUUGAAUUGGGGUCCAGUCACCAGUGUGAGCACGCCAACCGUGAGGUAUCGCUCAAAGCUCCAAAGAACAUCUAAUAUGGCGGGACUGAGGCUUUAGACUUCAAAGUACAGGCCACAGCAGCUUUUAUCAAUGAAGGCAGGAACUAUAUAGUAGAGUUACUACGUUUUGCAGUUGAUAGUUACAUUGUUUGGUUGUCUUCUACAGUUACAAGUAA